GGGGAUGUAAACAGUCACAAUAAUGGCAUGUGAAAACUCCCUGGGCAAAUAAUACGGCCUGAGUCCAACAGCAAACAGUUCAAUGUCCAGGCAACAGAUUUGUUCCUUAAUGGAAAUAUGGUCAGGACUGCACCAGCGGUUAUUUACGAGAACAGCAAGCCCCCCUCCUUUUCGCUUACCGCUCUCGGUGCAGUCCCAGUCGGCCCGAACAGUCUGAAAGCCGCUGAUGGAGACGUUGUUGUCGGGAAUGUCCUGGUGAAGCCAUGUCUCAGUGAAGCACAUCAGACUACAUUCCCGGUACUCCUGACUUUUGGCGACCGCUGUCAGCUCGUCCAUCUUAUUUGCCAGUGACCUCACAUUGCCCAUGAUGAGAGAGGGGAGACACAGCUUAUAUCUUCUCUUCUCCGUAAGCCUCCGUUGUCUCAACCCUGCUUUUUUCCGCCGCUGUUUACUUCCUCCCCUGCAUCCUCUGUGUGUUUUCCUCCACAGUUCAGCUGGUAUCUCCGAUGUUCCGGCCGCCAAGCCAGCCGGCCUCAGCGCGAUCAGCUGAUCUCUGGAGUAAACAAUGCGCCCAUGAAGUUGUUGCGCAAUGGUGCCGGGUCCGAAUGAAAUAAGUAAUUCCAGGGUGAGGAAAACGAGUACAACUCUCUCAGUCAGCAUGUUUUGAGAGGGCGCAGUUUCAAAAUUACAAUCACAAAAAGCAAGCACAAAUACCGAACUUAAUAAAGCAAAAAAAGUAAGAAAACUGAGAAAAACGAGCAGGAGCGACUGCAACAGGCUGCACGCGCGGGCGCAUGUGCACUAGACAUAGACUAGGACUAGAAAGGAAAAAUAAAUACAGAAAAGUUUUGAAAUAGACUCUCACUGCAGCCUGUUCUAUUUUGUUCUGAAAAUGUGAGCGUUGUAGUGUAAGAUUUAAUCCUUAAUCAGGUAAAGUGUUAUACUGCAUAAGUUGAUUAAGAGUAAAGUUCAUAUAAUAAUGUUUUAUGUGUAAGUUCCUAUAAAACUGUUUGUUAUGCAUCUAUGUGUGACAAAAACACUUUUACACAAGCCUAUGUAUUCAUAACACAAGGUUAUGUAUUCGCAUAUUGAGAGCGCACACAUAUACCACACCAUGUACUGACUAAUAAUACACACACAUUCUAACGUUUGUAUUGCAUGACACACACUCUAAAGUUCACAUUGCAUGAAAGCACAGGGGAUUGUAUAGAGAACGUCUCCAGGUUUCAUAUGUUUUUAAAAAAUAAAGUGAAACCAGGCUCAAACCUAAUGGUGGGAGAAUUUGGGGAUUUCCAGGCCAAGGGAUUACACCAUUAGGUCAUGUUUGGACAAGGGCCCAAGGGACCUGCCACCAAUAGAUUUGGACCAGAUGAAAAAGGGCUAAAAAGAAAAAGGCAGGUAGGAAGGACUAAAGGAAAAAGGGUGGAGAUUCUCUCGAAUCUUCACCAGCAUAAAAGAGAGAGCGCAGAAAGUGAAACUACAGUCUUGCUCCGGAGCCUGACUCAUGAGUUGUAUGUGUUGAAGCUUGUGGACACAUUAAACUCGAUUGUACCAGAUUCUAUUGGUCUCCAGUGUUUCUCUGAGUACCAGUCAACCGAACCUAAGAUACUAAACUAACACAGAGGACGAUUUGAAGAGAAGGACUUCUCUCUUCAACAUGGAGACGACAGCAGGUUGCAGUCAGCAGUGCAGCAGCUGUGACGCCUCCUCAGCCAGAUGUUGGUGUGUGGAAUGUAAUGAAGCCCUGUGCGACAUCUGUGUGUCGGCUCAUCGCAGAGUGACGGUCACCAGAUCUCACCAGAUCCUCAACCAACCGCCAGCAGGACACGUCUCAACUCCUCCCACCAAGUUCUGCAGACACCACCCGUCUGAGCCGCUCAAACUGUACUGCUUCACCUGUCUCCAGCUCACCUGCAGAGACUGUCAGCUCACGGCUCACAUGAACCACAGGUAUCAGUUUGUCAGUGAAGCGCUGGACAGCAUAAGGAAGCAGCUGGAUGUCUUGGUUCAGCCAAUCAGAGCACAGGGAGACACAGUGAGGCGGAAUCUGCUGGACAUGAAGACCAGGCUGAAGGACAUCGCUGACAGUAAUUUUCUUCUGAUGACUGAGCUGCAGCGUUCGUACAACCUUAUAACUCAACAUCUGAAGAGGAGGAUGGAAGACAUUUUGUCAGAAGUCAAGAAGGUGUUUGAGUCGGAGCGCGAGCUGAUUGUCAGGAGGAUGAGAAAGAUGAAGCAGCUGCAGCAGGAUCAACAGUCAGUGACUGAAAUUGCAGAAAAAGCCAGAAACACCAACGACCUGUCGGCCCUGCAGACCUUCACAGCUCAGAUUCAGUCUUACCUGAAGAAUCCUCCUGAUCAGGACUCGUCUCCUCCUGAGACAAUGUCUCUUCUGACAGUCAUCACCGACUCGGUGUCUUUGGGGGCCAUUUUGAACUUUGGUAAACUUGACAUAAAAUGGGUCCCCUUCGCCGUCACUCAGACGUCCAAUCUAAACACUCCAGCAGCCGCCGCCACCUCCUCCUCCUCCUCCUCUUCCACCUCCUCCUCCUCCUCCUCCUCCUCCUCCACCCUCCCCCAAAGCAGGACUGCUAAAGAAUCAUCUGUCUCAUCUGUCCCAUUUAACUGUCCCUCUGCUUCGUCAAAGUCCUCAUCCAGUCAGUUGAGUCUUCCUCCCUCCUCCAGCCUGAGCAUCAUCCAGUCCAGUGCUCCUGUGACUAAGAUCGCUGCACCCACCUUCACUCCACUUGUCCAGCAUCCUUCCUCAUUGUCUCACCUGAAGAAGAACCAAACAAAAAUGUCAGUGCCUGUUUCUACUUUAGGGAACCUGGAGUCUGUGGGCUACCUUGUCCCCCACUCAGCAGGUCCGUCUCCAGGCACCAAACUCCAACUUUUGAACCAACCGACCGCCCCCGGUCAGAACCAGUCCGCCGCCAUCAUGCUGAACUACACUCAGGCUCUGUACCAGGUGUCCUGCUUCACCCUCCCGUCUGUUGUGCCUCAGUUUUGCACGAUGCGCACUCUGACCUCAGCCACAAACACCCAGGAUAAACAGCAGAAGGGACCGUUCAGCUCCGUCUCAGUCAGUCAUCAGGUACUUCCUUCAGCCACCACAGGAAACAAGAGCUCUUCCCAACCAGGUGUCACGGUGCUGCCAAGCCACGACCCAAAAUCAAUGCAUCAACCUCUGACAGAUAGAAACAGCUCUGCGUCCUCCAGCCAGCCUCUCACCCCUGCUACUGACUGUUUCACCAAGGACAAACAACCUGUGCCAGAGCCUCCAGGAUGUUUACACCCCUUUACCCCCCUUGAAAUCAGCCCUCAUUCUUCUUCUCUGAAACACCAGCAGCAGAGUCCUGUAGUGAGGGCGGUGGCAGACUCCGCCUGUGACCGCAGCGUACAGCAGGUUGCAGUGAGGCGGCAGGAACCUGCAGAGAACGAACCAACGUCCACAGUGUCUGGGGAUCCUGCACCUGCAAGGGAACCAUCUGCACCUGUAGUGUCAGAUAUAGAAUCUGCUCCUGAAGUAACAGACAGAAAGGCUGAACCUGAACCUCAAGUACUGGAGACCAGUGCUGAACUUGUACCUGAAGUAUCAGACGGAGAAGCUGAGCUUGAACCUGGACCUGAACCUGAAGUACGAGAGACCAAAGCUGAACCUGAACCUGAAGUAUCAGACAGAGAAGCUGAGCUUGAACCUGAACCUGAACCUGAAGUACGAGAGACCAAAGCUGAACCUGAACCUGAAGUAUCAGACGGAGAAGCUGAUUCUGAACCUGAUUCUGAACCUGAACCUGAACCUGAAGUACGAGAGACCAAAGCUGAACCUGAACCUGAAGUAUCAGACGGAGAAGCUGAAGAAGGGAGCUCAGUGAUUGGAUACCUGAACUGCAGUCUGAGCCAAUGGCAGCCCAGAGUGUCUCUGUACAGGCUGCCUGUAUCUUUGCCCCGCCCCGGACACCCCCUCCCUGGUUUUCGUCUGGUCCUCGGAGAUGCUGAAGACGAGAUUUUCCUGGAAGAGAUGAGCGAUGACAGUCAGUCUGACGAUGAUGACAUCAUUGAGAUACUGCCAUCAUCACCAGAGUCACCUGUGAUGCUGAUGAUGGUCACCUGCUCCGCCUGUCGAUCAAGCAACGGUUCAGUAGUCUGCACAGCCUGCGGUCGAGGAUAUCACCGAGACUGUCACAUUCCUCCUGUCGGACCUCAUAUAUGGUCAGAGUGGAUCUGCUCUCUGUGUCAGGACCUGUCGGACCCCUCGGACCCCUUCAGCUGUGACAGACCUCCGAGACUUCAGAGUUACGGUCUCAGUCUGCUGGAUCAGAGGAGGUGUGAGAGUCUGCUGCUGCAGCUGAUGGUCGAAGGCAGCGCUCAGUUUUCUCAGUCUCAGGUGAUGUUGGUGUCGAAGCGUCUGACAAGCGGUUCUCCUUCAUAUCAAACACCUGCAGAGUUCCUCUCAGACAUCUGGAGUCUGUUCAAAGACACAUCACAGGACGACGACGUUCUGAACAAACUGCAGGACCGUCUGCAGCGGCAGUGGAUGACAAGUUUAAAGCUUCUUCCUUCAGUCAGCAGCAACACUGAUGGAGUCAGAGGUGCGUUCAGCUCCAACAUGUCCGACACACGAGAGGUCACCGAGGGGGGAAAGGGGUCAAAGGUCACAACUGAGAAGAAGGAAGUGAUCAGCAGCGAGUCCAAACUGAGGGAGACGAGGAAGAGGCUGAGAGAGUUUCUGGAUCUGAUGGAAACGUCCCGCUCCAAGAGGACGAAGGCGGACGACCGCUCCUGAGAGUGACCGAACACAACUGUGACGUCACGACCUAACAAUGUUGAAACUGGUUCCUCUUCCUGUCACAUGAUGCUGCAGAGUUUCAAUUACAUACUUUUUUUUUUUUUUUUUUUUUUUUUUUUUUGUUUCUUUGUUUGUUUU